CGACUGUUGACGUACCCACAGAGGCGCAUAUAAAUAGUCAAUAUGAUACGUUUGUCGGCAUUGUUCACUGAUAGCAAAGAAUCGAAUAACAUAAUGAUGAAGGCGUUAGUGUGUGCAGGACUCGUUGUCCUGGUGAUCCUCAGUCUGUUUGGAGUUGAUGGAGCUACCAGAGUAGCCCGAUCACCUCAGUUUGGAGGGUUCAGUCAAUCCCAGGCCCAGGCCUCAGCUGGCGCCUUCGGAGGCGGUGGAGGCUACGGCCCAGGCUACGGUGGAUACGGUGGUUUCGGCGGUCAGAAUUACCGGCGCUUUGGAGGCGGCCCCGGUUUCGGUGGCCCAGGAUUCGGUGGUCCUGGAUUUGGCAGCUAUGGUGGACGCCCUGGCUUCGGUGGCUCUGGAUUCGGUGGCGGUUUUGGUGGCCGCGGGAUCGGUGGCGCUCCAUCCAUCAGCAUUUCGAAGAGCAUAAGCAUCGGUGGUGGGGGAUCAGGCGCUGCGCAGUCGCAAGCAAGUUCAAGUGCCGGUGGAUUUGGGAAGUGAACAAUGUGAUAAUUACCUAGCUGUAUAAGUACUUUGUUGUGAAGAGACUGAUCGCCUGUUUUUUUAGGAACCACUAAAUAUGCAGUGAAUGUUUAAAUAAUCUAGUUGAUAAUAUUGCACUAGAGAAAUAAUAAAUACAUGAUAUAAAAA